CUGCACUUUCCUAACCUCUCCGUUUCCUAACGCGGGUUUUCCCGACCCGCCGCGGCUUCAUUUCCCUCCUAAAGCUGUGAAACAGUCCGGGGACCUUCGCUGCUCUUCGCCCGGCCGUUGAUGCUGGGACUCCUGGCCUGAUGAGCGCUCUGUUCAGCUGUGGCCAAGCGGCCUCCUGGAGGAAGGUGUAUGGCAGCUACUGGGAUGUGCUGGAGGCCAGAGCCAAAGCCAACAAACCUAAACUUCUACAGCUUGACAGAUGGUAUCAGGAGGAGCUGCCUGCGCUGAUCUCCAGUCGACCGGACAAACACCUCACUCUGUCAGAGCUGGUGAAGCUGAUGGAGUGGAAGCUCACUAGAGGGAAGUUCAGGCCGCGGCUGCAGCAGCUGGUGGCCUCCAACGCUGAGGCCACGGUUCAGAGAUGUUCCAGAAAGGCGUUCAGCCUCCUCCCCGACGUGCAGGCUGCCAUCGCAGAGCUCAGCGCCCUGAAAGGAGUCGGCCCUGCCACCGCCUCAGCUGUGUUGGCAGCAGGAGCUCCAGAAGUGGCUGCAUUCAUGUCUGAUGAGGCGAUGGAGAGCGUACCGGGGCUGAAGCCCAUCCAGUACACAGCCAAGCACUACGCUCUGUACCUGGAGAAAAUGACCGCGCAGUCUGCAAAACUCAACCAGGUGGAUCCGCAGCAGGACUGGACGCCCCACAGGCUGGAGAAGUGUUUGUGGGCGAUGACCACAGCCACCAAGCAGCAGCUUCCUCUUCUGAAGGACCUGGACCUGAAGGACGGCGCCGCGCAGACCUCCGACCAGAGACCGGCCAAGAGGCUUAAAGCUUCCUGAAAAAACCCAAAAUCUUCCACCGUCUGACGUUUUAAAUGUUUGUAGCUUUUUUACAGAAAGAAUAAAGUUUUCUUAAUGAAAGAAAAUGUGUAUCUGCAACGAGUUUGGAUUCAUGCACUGCAAAAAAAAACAAAUUAAA